CCCCCCCGCCCUUUAGCGUGGCUGCGCCUCCGCCCCUUCCUUCCCAGAGGAAAUCACUGGACCUCCGCUCCCUCCCCGCCCACCUGCCUCCGUACAGGACCGCAAGGACACCACCGGGCGAAGAGAGAAGGGGGUGGCGGUGGAGAAAGGGCGGGGGGGGGACCAGCCGGUGGGUCCCCCCCGAGAAGAACAUGUGCUGAGCGGCUCCCAUCCGUGGCAGUGCAGCCAGUGAUGGUGCCCAGCACCUCUGAUGAUGCCCCAGAGCCCCGAAUCAAGUGCGGAGGAGGAGGAGGAGCACUUCUCCCAGUGCCCCGAGGAGGAGUCGGGCUCGGAGAGCUCCCACGAGGGGCCCAGCCCCCCGGCCAGUCCUGCUAACCCUGCCCACGAUUGCUCUAUGUCAGUACCUGAGGACGCUCACUUCAGUAUGAUGGUCUUCCGAAUUGGUAUUCCUGAUUUGCACCAGACGAAAUGCCUACGUUUCAACCCUGAUGCAGCCAUUUGGGUGGCAAAACAACAAAUUCUCUGCACUCUCAACGAAAGCCUCAAGGAUGUUCUGAAUUAUGGACUCUUCCAGCCAGCCACCAAUGGACGGGAUGCCAAAUUCCUAGAUGAAGAGCGACUCCUGCGCGAGUACCCACAGAGUUUUGAGAAGGGGGUACCCUAUCUUGAGUUCCGCUACAAGACACGAGUAUACAAGCAAACCAACCUAGAUGAGAAGCAGCUAGCAAAACUCCACACCAAGACGGGUUUGAAGAAGUUCCUGGAGUACGUGCAACAUGGAGCAGCUGAAAAAGUGGCACGGCUCCUGGACAAAGGGCUUGAUCCGAACUAUCACGAUUCUGAUACUGGCGAAACACCUUUGACGUUGGCUGCCCAAUUAGAUGGGACCAUUGACGUGAUCCGGCUGUUGUGCCUUGGCGGUGCCCACAUAGAUUUCCGGGCAAGGGAUGGCGCCACAGCCCUCCACAAAGCUGUCUGUUCUCACCACUAUUCAGCCCUCAUGGCACUCUUGGACCUGGGGGGCUCCCCCAAUUAUAAGGACCGCCGUGGGCUGACCCCACUCUACCAUACAGCCAUGGUUGGAGGUGACCCACACUGCUGUGAACUUCUGCUGUACAAUCGAGCCCACAUUGGCACCACUGAUGAGAAUGGCUGGCAAGAAAUACACCAGGCCUGCCAACAUGGAAACUCCCAACAUUUGGAACACCUGCUCUUCUACGGUGCUGAGCCAGGUGCACAGAACGCAUCCGGGAAUACAGCAUUGCACAUCUGUGCCCUCUACAACAAGGAAAGCUGUGCCCGAAUCCUGUUAUACCGAGGAGCUAACAAAGAGAUCAAGAACAACCAUGGUCAAACUGCCUUCCAGGUGGCAGUCAUUGCAGGAAAUUUUGAGUUGGGGGAGCUGAUCAAAAGCCAUCGGGAUUCGGAUGUGGUCCCUUUCCAGGAGACUCCACAAUAUGCCAGCCGGCGCCGGGAUGGCCCUCAGAACCUUACAGUGCCACACACCUUGCUGCGGGCCAACAGUGAUACCAGCAUGAACCUCCCAGACUGGAUGCUUUAUGCUCAGCCAUCUAUCCCAUCUGCCACUGUGGCAGUGCAGGGCCAGAAGAUCACCACAGGAACAUUGCGCAGCUCCAGCAGUCCGCGUGGUGCUCGCAGCCGCUCCCCAUCACGGGGGCGUCACACAGAUGAGGCAAAAAAACAGCGUGGCCGACCCAGUUCCAGUGGCUACCAGAAGGAAUCCGCUGGAAGCAAUACACUGAGUAGUCGAGGUGUGAAGCGGAAACUUUAUUCGGCUGUGCCUGGCCGCACAUUCAUGGCAGUGAAACCCUACCAGGCCCAGGCUGAGGGUGAGCUCUCCAUCAGCAAGGGCGAGAAGAUCAAGGUGCUGAGUGUUGGGGAAGGCGGCUUCUGGGAGGGACAGGUAAAGGGUCGUGUAGGCUGGUUCCCCUCAGACUGCGUGGAGGAAGUGCCCAACAAGUCCCAGGAAGGGAAGCAAGAGAGCCGCAGCGAUAAAGCCAAACGACUCUUCAGGCACUACACAGUUGGUUCCUAUGACAGCUUUGAUGCCCCAAGUGAUUACAUCAUUAAAGAGAAGACCGUGCUGCUUCAGAAGAAGGACAACGAAGGAUUUGGCUUUGUGCUAAGAGGGGCUAAGGCGCAGACCCCAAUUGAAGAGUUCACACCCACGCCUGCUUUCCCUGCUCUACAGUACCUGGAGUCAGUGGAUGAAGGGGGUGUGGCUUGGCGAGCAGGUCUCCGCAUGGGUGAUUUUCUCAUUGAGGUAAAUGGACAGAAUGUGGUAAAAGUUGGUCACAGGCAAGUUGUCAAUAUGAUUCGACAAGGGGGCAACAACUUGAUGGUGAAGGUUGUCAUGGUAACACGGAAUCCUGAGAUGGAGGAGGCCAUGAGGAAGAAAGCUGCACCCCAGCAGACAAGACGGUUGCCCCCUCCAGCCAUCUCCUUGCGUUCCAAAUCCAUGACAUCGGAGUUGGAGGAAAUGGAUUACGAGCCAGCGAUGGGCACUGAUAAGAAGCGGACUGUCUAUCAGAUGGCUCUGAAUAAAUUAGAUGAGAUCCUGGCAGCAGCUCAACAGACAAUUAGCGUGGGGGACGGGUGUGGAAGUGGAGGGCUUCCUUCCUUGGGGAAGUCACGGGGCACUGCCAAGAAUUAUUUCUCAUCUGAGCCCAGUUUUGAACAACACCGUCUUGGUCAGGCCAGUUAUGAGCGUCCAUCCUACUUACCAACUAGCCAUCCUCCCGGCAUGAUGCUUCGCCAGAAAUCUAUUGGAGCUGCUGAGGAUGAGAAGCCCUACCUCGCUCCCCCCGUCAUGAAGUUUAGCCGCAGCCUUUCGGUCCCUGGCUCUGAAGACAUCCCCCCACCUCCUACCACCUCCCCUCCCGACCCUCCGUAUAGCAGUGCUUCGCCCUCCGCAUCUGGCCGAGCUACUCCCUCGGCCCGCUCCACCUUCAAUCCCAGCGCUGACGCCAAGCUGUACUCAGCUUCUCUUCAUCAGGAACCACCAUAUGAGCCACCUCCCCGUGUCCGUGACAAAAUGUCCCUUUACCGCCAAGAGUCUGAGCAAGGAGCAGAAGGGGCCACUGCACGUGGAUGGAGGGGCCACACCCCUGACCUGCGAUAUUAUAAUCUGCCCCCGCGGGCCACCAGCACCGCCAUGUAUGUUCCCACCAAGCCCAUGCGCCGCAAAGGCCCGCUGGUCAAGCAGACCAAAGUGGAGGACGAGCAGCGCCAGCAGCAGGGCGCCCCCUCUUCCCAGAUGCAAGCAUCGUCCUCCACAUCCCCGUCAUCCGCGCCGUCAGAGAAGAGCUCCAUCCCAAUACCCACCAUCAUAAUUAAAGCCCCUUCGACCAGCAGCAGCGGGCGCAGUAGCCAGGGAAGCAGCAUGGAGGCAGAGUCCCAGCCAGAGCCUGUGGUGCCUGUCCCAUCACUCCAGCUUCAUAACAGCAUGGAUUUCACCAGCCAGUUCGGGGCAGCCCUGGUUGGCGCUGCCCGACGAGACCGCGAGUGGUACAGUGAGGCUCGCCGCAAGUCUGCCCUCUUCCUCUCCACUGAGCAACCGGACGAGUCCCAGCAGAUGCCUGUUCCCCGCCUCCGCCACUCCAAAUCCAUCGACGAAGGCAUGUUUUCCAGCGAGCCAUACAUCCAGCUAAACAUGGCUCCUGGCUUUGGCAGUAGCGGUGGUGGUGGAAGCAGCCCCGGUUACCUUCCGUCUCGCAGUGCGAAAACGUAUGGAGCCAGCACUACCAGUGCCUUCACUUCAGUAUGUUCGAGUUUCUUGCCACAACUCCAGCCCCAUUCGACCCCUCUCAUUCACCCACUGACUGGCAAGAUUUUAGAUCCUGGGUCCCCCUUGGGACUAGCAUUAGUAGCCCGUGAGCGGGCUUUAAAGGAGUCCCAGUCCCAGCAGGAGAGCCGAGAAGAGAGGCACUCGCGCCCGUCCUCUCCCCGGUUUGGGGAGGCCCCUAAAACCCCCGAGUCUCCCGGCAGUUCCAUCUUGCGCCUCUGGGAGACCUCAGAGCAGCAGCCUCACCACCAGCGGCCUGCGUCGCCCCGGAAGGAGCAAGGGAGUCCCCCGCAUCACCUGCCUGAGCAGCAGCCGCCCCCAACCUCAGCCAGAGCCACCCCUUGGGAAAAACGGCCGGAUGACGGAGAGAAGCUGGAGCUGCACGUGCGUUUUGUGGAGAACUGCCGCCCGACGGAGGAGGAGGAGGAGGAGGAGGAGAGUGGCCACGAGAGCAGGAAAGCAGAAGCGGCUGCCCCGCCAAUGGAGCGAGUGGCCGAAGAGAAUGGACUCCCCCUGUUGGUGCUGCCCCCCCCUGCCCCUUCCAUUGACGUCGAUGAUGAGUUUGUCUUCACAGAGCCGCUUCCCCCGCCCCUUGAGUUCUCCAAUAGCUUUGAUAAGCCCGAAUCUCCCCCCAAGGCAGCCAAUGAGCUGCCCCCAGCAGGAGCCCCUCCGGCCGCUCCGCCUGCCCCGGGCACCUUAGAUUCUACGGCGUCUAGCCUCACCUCCUAUGACAGUGAGGUGGCCACCUUGACGCAGGCUGGAACCGCAGAAACCAAGGAAUCCCCUCACGUCAACUUUUCUUCUGUGGUUUCAUCCAUCGCCAUCCCUGCAGCAGAAGCCCCAGAAGCAGUCACCGAUUCGGGAAUUGAGGAGGUGGACAGUCGAAGUAGCAGUGACCAUCACUUGGAGACCAUCAGCAGCGUCUCAACGCUGUCCAGCAUGUCUGGGGAGGGCACAGAACUCUUGGACACCUACAUCACCUACUUGGAUGGCCAGGCUUUCGGGGGGAGCAGUGGCAGCGGUGGUGGGGUAGGUGGCGGCGGUGGCAGCAUAGACAAGAGUCCGCUGCAGACCAAACUACGCUCCCGGCCGUUCCCAGGCCGCUUGCCGGUGGCUACCCCUACCAGCUCCACCAUCUCAGUUUCGGCAUGUUCUGAGAACAUGUUCGCCCUCACGCCUGCCCCGCCGUACCACCAGCAGCCAGCCGCCGUCGAGCCUGGCAAAGAGCUGCCGCAGAAAUCUCCGCUGCCCUGGGAGGAGCCUAAGGCACCGCCCAUGUCCACUGUGAAGGCGAGCAUCAUCAGCGAGCUGAGCACCAAGCUGCAGCAGAUGGGCGGGGUGUCGUGGUCACGACCUCCUGACGCUGUGGCUUCCUUCGGUUCCGAGAGACCCAGCUCCCUGCAGAGGCAAAGGCUCCCGGAUGAGACAUCCCCAUCACUGAUUUCCUCCAAGCCUGUCAGCAGCCUUUUCCACAACUGGCCUAAGUCCCCCCAGGGCAAGCAUCCCAAAAGUGUGGACUUUGACAUCCGUCCUGCCCUGCGACGGGCCCCCAGCCCAGCUGCCCUGCCCAGUGAGCACAAGAUUAGCCCCACCCCAAGGCCUUCCUCUCUUCCCAUCCUGCCUUCUGUGCCCAUCUAUACUGGCGUCUUUGAUCUCCGUGGUUCACCCACUUCUGGGGGUGAGCAUCCCUUCCCCAGCUUCCCUUCAGGCAGCCGUUCCCUGUCUCCAACCCACUUCCUGCCUCCAGCCACGGACAAGCCGUUUGGCUCCAAGCCGCUGCCUUUCUGGACUAAAUAUGAUGUGGCUGACUGGCUGGAGUACCUGAAGCUGGGGGAGCACCGUGAUAGAUUCCUGGACAACGAAAUCGAUGGCUCUCACCUGCCUUCGCUCACUAAGGAAGAUUUUAUUGACCUGGGCGUGACGCGAGUCGGGCAUCGCAUGAACAUCGCCCGUGCCCUCAAGUUCUUUCUGGAGAGGUGAUGGGGGAAACUGCCCUGCCCCGGGGGAGCCUCUUGCCUGAAUGUACAAUGGACCUCCACCAUGGGGAGAACAAAGGAGGUGGAGGGGUUGCAGCUGCGGGGCCGGGCACAGGGGAAGCGGUGAAGAGAGACCCUGUGGGGGUGAGGGUAGAGUGGGGGAUCUUGGAGAAGCUCACCAAAGCCUGCCUGGGCACCCUUAUGGGUGUGCACUUUUCUCUGUUGCGUUGCCAUGUAGCAAUUUGCGCAUUUCAUAUAUCCAGCCAACAGCACUGACAUGAGUGUAUGAACACUUAACCUGUGUAUCAUCACUUCCCAGGUGCGUGUGUUUAUAGUUGUACACAUACACUUGCUCUUCAUUCUCCAUCAGCAUAGCCACCAGCUUUGCCACUCAGAUGGCUGGUAUUGGUCAUCCAGUAGUGCGGCAGCUUCUACCUGCGCCCAUCCCUCAUCCUCCCUGUUGUUGCUGAUGGCCCUUGUGUAGCUGCUGCUGUUUGCACAUCAGUUCAUCGAACCAUGUAACAGCUUGCUCUGUACAUCUCCACAAUUACCAGGAUUGUUAAGUACUCUGCCGUUAAAAAGAAACAAAAGACCUGCUACAAGAAAAUGAAA